AUGGGUUUUUUUACUUGGAUGGUUGUGCCUUUUGUCUUUUUUGCUACUUUUAUGGAUGGUCAUGUAAUUGCUGAUAUUCUUAAUGUUGAUGAAAAUGAACAAAAUUUACUUCAGCAUAUAGGUUUGUCCAAAGAAAUGGCAGAAAAUAAAAGAAAUAGGAGGUCUGUAACACUUUUACCUUUAGUUGGUUUAGGUGCCAUUGGUGCAGUUGGUGCUGGUGUUGCUGCUUUAAAAGGUGCUUCUGCUUUAAAAAAAGCCAUACACCAACAACGUGUAGCAGGAGGUGGUGGUAAAGGUGUUGGAUUUGGAGGUAAUAUAGGAAGACAAGGAGGGUUUGGUGGAAAAGGUGGUGGAAGUGGUAGUGGCAAUGUUGCUGGUGGAGUAGGAAGGCAAGGAGGGUUUGGAGGAAAAUGUGGUGGAAGUGGUAACGCUAAUGUUGUUGGUGGAGUAAGAGGGCAAGGAGGGUUUGGUGGAAAAGGUGGUGGAAGUGGUAGUGCUAAUGUCGUUGGUAGAGUAGGAGGGCAAUGGGGGUUUGGUGGAAAAAAUGGUAGAAGUGUUAAUGUUAAUGUUGCUGGUAGAGUAAGAGCUGGAAGUGGUAAUGCUAAUAUUGCUGGUGGAGUAGGAGGGCAAGGAGGGUUUGGUGGAAACGGUAGUGGAAGUGGUAGCACUAAUGUUGCUGGCGGAGUAGAAGGGCAAGGAGGAUUGGGUGAGAAAGGUGGUAGAAGUGGUAGUGUUAAUGUUACUGGUGGAUUAGGAGGGAAAAGAGAGUUUGGUGGAAAAAGUGGUGGAACUAGUAGCGCUAAUGUUGGGCAAGGAGGGUUUGGUGGAAAAUGUGGUGGAAGUGGUAGCGCAAAUUUUGCUAGUGGAGUAAGAGGGCAAGGAGGGUUUGGUGGAAAAGGUGGUGGAAGUGGCAACGCUAAUGUUGCUGGUGGAAUAGGAGGGAAAGGAGGGUUUGGUAGAAGUGGUAGUACUAAUGUUAUUGGUGGAGUAGGAGAACAAAGAGGGUUUGGUGGAAAAGGUGGUGGAAGUGGUAGCGCUAAUGUUGUUGGUCAUGCUGUUGGUGCAAGUGGUAGCAGAAGUGGUAGCACUAAUGUUGCUGGUGGAGUAGGAGGGCAAGGAGGAUUUGGUGGACAUGGUAGCACUAGCGUUGCUGGUGCAGUAAGUGUGCAUGGUAGAAGUGGUGGUCAAAGUCGAGCAAAAGGUAGUGAGGGCAACAUUGGUGCUUCUACUAGUGGUGGAGCUAAAGCUAGUUUCGAAGGUAAAAUAGGAGGACAAUGGGAGGUUGGUGGGAAUAGUGGUGGAAGUGGUAGCUCUAGUGUUGUUGGUAGGGUAAAAGGGCAAGGUGGAGGUGUUGGUAGUGGUGGUGUUGAUGGUAUAUUAGGGGGUAAUGGUGGUGGUGGUAAGGGCUUGCAUUUUGGUGGUAAUUUUCAUUUUGGUUUAGAACGAGGAGGAGGGUUUGGUGGAGGUAACUGA